AUGUCCCGCCAGUGCACUGUGAGGAGCCAGGCCAGAAGGAACUUCAGCGCUGCUUCUGCCUUCAUGCCAAACGCCAGCAGCUCCAGCCUCUGCCUGCGCCCUGCACUCCAAGCUGGGAGCUGUGGGGCCACCACUGCCUAUGGAAGGCUCACUGGAGGCUUUGGAAGCAGGAGCCUCUACAACCUCGGUGAAUGCCAGAGGAUCUCCAUAGCUGGAAGAGGUGGUGUCCCCUACGGACCCGCAGGUUUUGGUGCUGGCACUGGGAUCUCCUGUGGGUUUGGUGGGGCAGCUGCUGGUCCCUUUGGGUUUGGUGGGGCAGCUGCUGGUCCUUUUGGGUUUGGUGGGGCAGCUGCUGGUCCCUUUGGGUUUGGUGGUGGCCCUGGAUUCCCCGCUGUCCCAGUUGGGGGCAUCCAUGAAGUGUCAAUCAACCAGAGCCUUCUGAAGCCACUCAACCUGCAGAUUGACCCCCACAUCCAGAAUAUCCGCAAGAAUGAGAAGGAUCAGAUUCAAACCCUCAACAAUAAAUUUGCCUCCUUCAUUGACAAGGUCCGAUUCCUUGAGCAACAAAACAAGGUCCUGGAGACCAAGUGGGCCCUUCUGCAAGAACAGGGGAACAAAACAGUGAAAAAAAACAUUGAGCCCCUCUUUGAGACCUACGUGAACAACCUCAGGAGGCACCUGAGCAGCCUAACGACAGACAAGGAGAACCUGAGAGGGGAGCUGAGCAAGAUGCAGACCAUUGCUGAGGACUUCAGGAACAAAUAUGAAGAUGAGCUCAACAAGCACGCGGAUGUUGAGAACGAGUUUGUGACCCUGAAGAAGAAAGUGGACACUGCCUACCUGGGCAAGGCAGAGCUGCAGGCCACGCUGGAUUCGCUCACAGAGGAGAUCGACUUCCUCAGAGCCCUCUACGAAACUGAGCUGUCCCAGAUACAGAGCCAGAUCUCUGACACCUCUGUUAUCCUGACCAUGGACAACAACCGGAGCCUUGACAUGGACAGCAUCAUUGCCGAGGUGAAGGCGCAGUACGAGGAGAUCGCCAACCGGAGCCGCGCCGAGGCCGAGUCCUGGUACCAGUCCAGGUACGAGGAGCUGCAGGCCACAGCUGGCAGGCAUGGGGACGACCUCCGGAACACCAAGCAGGAGAUCUCAGAGCUCAACCGCCACAUCCAGCGGGUUCGAUCCGAAAUCGACAGCGUGAAAAAACAGGUCAAUGGAUUGCAGAAUUCCAUCAAUGAUGCAGAACAUCGUGGGGAGAUGGCCCUCAAGGACGCCAGGGACAAACUGGAGGACUUGGAGACAGCUCUGCAGAAAGCCAAGGCUGACCUGGCCCGGCAGCUCCGGGAAUACCAGGAGCUCAUGAAUGUCAAGCUGGCCCUGGACAUUGAGAUCGUGACUUAUAAGAAGCUGCUGGAGGGCGAGGAGUGCAGGCUCUCUGGGGAAGGUGCUGCCUCAGUGAACAUCUCUGUGACCAGAAGCACUUCAGGAACAGGAUAUGGAGGCAUGAACUACCUGAGCUCCAGUGGUGGGCCCGGAGGUGUGGUCUGUGGUGGAAUGGGAAUGGGCUCCAUCUCUGGAAGUGGAUACGGCACAGGUGGCUCUUGCAUGGUCGGAGGCAGCAGCUCCAGCUUCAAGUCCAUCUCCACCGGCUCUUCCAUGAGGGGAUGUUACUGA